AUGGUUAAUGAGUACAUGGAGGAGUUUGACAGGUUGGUGAAUCGCAAUGAUUUGGAGGAAACUGAAGAUCAACGGAUAUCCAGAUUUGUACACGAGUUGCGAGUUUUCAUCCGAGAUCAGCCCAUGUUUACAUCACGAUCACAACCCGUGGUUAGGGAGAAUAGUGGUGUCAACCAAUCCACAGUGGCAGUAGCAGGUUCCGCAGCCCAACCGAUAGCGAAUGCCAACCCUUAUGCUAAGCCAACUGGGAAUAAGUGUUACAGGUGCAGAAAACCAGGGCAUCGAUCUAGUACUUGCCCUAAGCGAGCCGUAGUGAAUCUAGUGGUGGCAGAAGAGGGCAAGGUAAAAUGUGAACAGAAGGGUGAAGAGGUGUAUAAUGAUGCUGAUCCGUAUGCCUAUGAUCCCAAUGAGAUCCAAGAGGACGAGGAAGGCGUGCCAUUAGGGCAGUCUUUGGUGAUUCAGAGUGGUAGUGUAAAGAACAUUGCGUCGAAGAGUUUGGUUACCAAGCUGGGACUGAAAACAGAAAAGCAUCCCUCUCCGUACAAGAUAGGUUGGAUCAAGAAAAGUACGGAAACUCUUGUUACUCAACGAUGCCGUAUUACUUUUUCUAUGGGUAAAUUUUAUGUAGAUGAAGUAGUUUGUGUUGUUGUUGAAAUGGAUGCAUGUCAUUUAAUACUAGGUAGACCUUGGCAGUAUGAUGUAGAUGCUACUCAUAGGUGCAAGGAUAAUGUGUAUGUGUUUUUUAAGAAUGGCAGAAAAAUUGUCCUUGGUCCUAUUAAGGAAGGCAGUAUACCCAAAACUUCUAAAGUGGAGGGGAAGCCAGCACUCCUCAUAGUGAACAAUGAAGAUGAGUUUGAUAGGGAGUGUAAGGAGUUGAAACAGGUAUAUGCUGUAGUGGUGACGGAUGGCGAGCCAAAGAAGGUUGCUAUAAUACCAGAGGCAGUCCAACCAUUAAUCAAGGAGUUUGAAAUGCUUUUUCCAAAAGAGCUGCUUGCAGGUUUACCACCAAUGCGCGACAUCCAACAUUGCAUUGAUUUAGCUCUUGGGGCUAGUCUACCAAAUCUGCCACAUUACAGAAUGAAUUCUCAAGAGGGUCAGAUUCUACAAGGGCAGGUGGAUGAGCUUCUGAGCAAGGGGCAAAUCAAGGAGAGUAUGAGUCCAUGUGCAGUAUCGGCCUUGUUAACACCAAAGAAGGAUAUGAGCUGGCGUAUGUGUGUGGAUAGUCAAGCCAUCAACAAGAUCAUAGUCAGGUAUCGAUUUCCUAUUCCUCGACUAGAUGACAUGUUUGACAUGCUAAGUGAGUCCAAGUAUUACACCAAGCUGGAUCUUAAGAGUGGGUAUCACCAGAUUCGGAUCCGACUUGGAGAUGAGUGGAAGACAACUUUUAUGACAAAGGAGGGGUUGUAUGAGUGGAUGGUAAUGCCUUUCGGAUUGUCCAAUGCUACCAGCACUUUCAUGAGACUUAUGAAUCAGGUAUUGAAACCAUUUAUUGGAAACUUUAUGGUAGUUUAUUUUGACGAUAUCCUGAUUUACAGUAAGACAGAAGUAGCCCACUAUAAUCAUGUGCAAGAAGUAUUAGCGGUGUUCCAGGCCAAUGAGUUGUAUAUCAACUUGAAAAAGUGCAGCUUCUUGACUAAUAAGUUGCUGUUCUUAGGGUAUGUGGUCAAUGCGGAUGAGAUUCAUGUUGAUGAGGACAAGGUCCGUGCAAUCAGAGAAUGGCCAACCCCAACGACAGUGAGUGAUGUGCGAAGCUUCCAUGGGCUAGCAACCUUCUAUCGGAGGUUUGUUCGAGAUUUCAGUAGCAUAGUAGCCUCUAUCACUGAGUGUCUGAAGAAGGGGAAGUUCUUAUGGGGAAAGGAGGUAGAACAAAGCUUUGUCUUGAUCAAGGAAAAGUUAAGCACAACCCCGGUUUUGGCAUUGCCCAACUUUGAUAAGGUGUUUCAGGUGGAGUGUGAUGCAUCUGUGGUCGGGAUAGGUGCUAUCCUUUCACAAGACAACAGACCAGUAGCAUUCUUCAGUGAGAAAGUUUGUGAAACUCGAAGUAAAUGGUCGGCCUAUGAGCUGGAGUUCUUUGCUGUAGUAUGGACUCUUAAGCAUUGGGAGCACUACCUGAUUAAGAGGAAGUUUGUAUUAUACACGGAUCAUCAGGCAUUGAAGCACAUCAAUAGUCAAGUUAGCAUUAACAGGAUGCAUGCUCGGUGGGUAGCUUAUAUACAACGCUUCCAUUUCACAUUAAAGCACAAGUCUGGUGUCACUAAUAAGGUGGCUGACACACUCAGCAGACGAGCAUCUUUGUUGACCACCCUAUAUACCGAAGUUGUAGGGUUUGAUUGCCUCAAGGAGCUGUAUGAGAAUGAUGAGGAUUUUGGUGAUAUUUGGGUUCCACAAGCACCAUGGGAGGAUCUGUCUAUGGACUUUAUACUGGGUCUUCCUCGAACCCAGCAAGGUAUGGAUUUUGUUUUUGUUGUGGUUAACAGCAGCAUUAGUCAUCCUCAAACUAAUGGCCAGACAGAAGUGGUUAAUCGCACUUUAGGGAAUCUGAUCCGGUGUAUCUUAGGCAAGAAGCCCAAGCAGUGGGAUCUUGCAUUGUCCCAAGCAGAGUUUGCGUACAAUAGCUCAGUCAGUGGAAGCACUGCAGAGAAUAUGACUGAACGUAUUCAGGCCAUGCAAGAGGAGGUGAGGCAGAAACUUGAAGCUACAAAUGCCAAGUACAAGGAAGCUGCUGAUAAGAAGAGACGUGAGAAGAUAUUCAAUAUUGGGGAUUUAGUACUGGUCUAUCUUAGAAAGGAGAUAUUUCCUGUUGGUACCUACAACAAAUUGAAGGACAAGAAGUAUGGGCCGUUUCAGAUUACUAAGAAGAUCAACGACAAUGCUUACGUGGUUGCUCUUCCUCCAGACAUAAGCAUUUCUUCUACCUUCAAUGUUGCUGACUUGUAUAAUUAUCAUCCUUCUGAUGAACCAAAUAGUGGGAACUCAGGGUCGAGUUCUUUUCAAGUGGGGGGGACUGAUGUAGAACAGACAGCACAUACAUUCCUGAAGCAGCAGGGGCGUAGGAAGUCACAACGCAAGAUCAAAGGGGGGUACCAGUAA